CCAUUUCAUUUCAUUUCAUUUCCAUGGCCUCCCCCGCCACCAUCCUCGUCACCGGUGGCGCUGGCUACAUUGGUAGCCACACCGUCCUCCAGCUUCUUCUUGGUGGCUUCCGAGCCGUCGUCCUUGACAACCUUGAUAACUCUUCCGACCUCGCCAUCAACCGCGUUGCCGACCUCGCUGGGGAUUUCGGCAAAAACCUCGCUUUUCAUAAGGUUGAUAUUCGUGAUAAAGACGCAUUGGAGAAAGUUUUUUCAUCAACAAAGUUUGAUGCGGUUAUCCACUUCGCUGGUUUAAAAGCAGUUGGUGAAAGUGUCCAGAAACCAAUGCUUUAUUAUAAUAAUAACAUUGCUGGUACAAUUGUACUCUUGGAAGUAAUGGCUGCCCAUGGAUGCAAAAAGCUUGUGUUCUCAUCAUCUGCUACAGUUUAUGGAUGGCCAAAGGAAGUGCCCUGCACAGAAGAAUUCCCACUAUGUGCAUUAAAUCCAUAUGGCCGGACUAAGCUUUUCAUUGAAGAGAUCUGUCGUGAUUUACAUCAGUCGGACCCUGAUUGGAACAUCAUAUUACUCAGAUAUUUCAAUCCUGUCGGAGCUCAUCCUAGUGGAUUUAUUGGUGAAGAUCCUCGUGGGAUUCCGAACAACCUCAUGCCUUUCGUACAGCAAGUUGCUGUUGAGAGAAGACCUGUGCUUACAGUAUACGGGAAUGAUUAUUCAACCAAGGACGGCACUGGGGUACGAGAUUACAUUCAUGUUGUUGACCUUGCAGAUGGACAUAUCGCAGCUGUGAAGAAGCUCUUUGAAGGCCCUGCAAUAGGCUGUGAAGUAUAUAACCUAGGCACCGGAAAGGGUACAUCGGUUUUGGAAAUGGUGGCAGCAUUUGAGAAAGCUUCUGGAAAGAAAAUCCCGCUGGUCAUGGCUGGAAGACGACCCGGUGAUGCUGAAAUUGUUUAUGCAUCUACAUCAAAAGCAGAGCAGGAACUUAAUUGGAAGGCGAAAUACGGAAUUGAUGAGAUGUGUAAGGAUCAAUGGAACUGGGCAAGCAAGAACCCGUGGGGAUACGGAUCACCUGACUCGACUAAUUGAAUGACGAUCAUCUUGGUCUGUUGUCAUUAUUCUUUCAUUCUGAUCUAGGAAUAACAGGUACAUGAGCUUGUAUGUACUUCCUCGGCAGUUGACUCCUGCUAAUUUAGACCUUAUGACAUUUCUCAUAAUUCAUAAUGACCAGGUCACUUGUAAUCAGAGAUACAAUGCCAAGGUUUCUAUAUUCAUUUUGUUUAAUUGUAAGUUCAGCUAAUAAUAAUGAAAUUGAUAAUGAAACACCCUUUUUUGU